AUACGAUUUCGAUCUCAUCAACUUUCGUACUUGUUUCUUCUUAUGCUCUCGUGAGCCACACGCUUGCUCUCCUCCUCUACCAUUAUAAAAAGCAGGCGGGUUUUUAAUGUUUUGAACUGAUAAGUUGGUCAAAUAAAGGAAGGAAGGAUUUUAUUUAUUACAAUGGAGGCCAAAGCGAGUCAAAAUGCGGGUCGGGUCAUGGACGGUCCAACCAAUCCCAUGGUCACCCCUCUUCUUACCGAUCUUUAUCAGUUCACCAUGGCUUACGCUUAUUGGAAAGCCGGCAAACACAAUGAACGAGCCGUGUUCGAUCUAUAUUUCCGAAAGAACCCGUUUGGUGGUGAAUUUACAGUGUUUGCUGGUUUGGAAGAAUGCAUAAAGCUCAUUGCUAAUUUCAAGUUAACUGAGGAAGAGGUCUCCUUUAUCCAUAAAAGCUUGCCUGGUUCAUGUGAGGAAGGCUUUUUGAAUUAUUUAAGAGAAAUAGACUGCUCUGAUGUUGAAGUGUAUGCUAUUUCAGAGGGAACAGUUGUUUUCCCAAAGGUUCCCCUACUUAGACUUGAAGGGCCAGUCCCUGUGGUUCAAUUGCUGGAGACUCCAGUUCUGAACCUUGUGAAUUUUGCAUCCUUAGUGACUACAAAUGCGGCUAGACAUAGACUUGUUGCUGGACGAUCUAAAAUGUUGUUUGAGUUUGGGCUUCGAAGGGCUCAGGGACCUGAUGGAGCUAUAGGGGCAUCAAAGUAUUGCUAUAUUGGAGGUUUUGAUGCAACAAGGUGGUUUGCUGAGUAUUUGUAUCCUGUUUUGCACUGCUUUCAUGUUUUCCUUUGCAAUGUUGCAGCUGGGAGGUUAUUCGGUAUACCUCUUCGUGGGACACAUUCUCAUGCUUUUGUUAGCUCAUUUAUGAGCCCUGAUGAAAUCCUGGAAAGAUCUCUAUGUAGCUCUGAUGGUUCAAAUACUUGUGAGGACUUUGUCACUCUUGUUCAUUCAUGGUUAAGCAAAAUACAGUGGUUGAAAUCACUUGGUGGCAUUUUUGGAGAGACCAAUCAGAGUGAAUUAGCAGCUUUUAUAUCAUAUGCUUUGGCAUUUCCUAACAACUUUCUUGCUCUUGUAGAUACAUAUGAUGUAAUAAGGAGUGGAGUCCCCAACUUUUGUGCAGUUGCUUUGGCACUUAGUGACUUGGGGUAUAGAGCAGUUGGCAUUAGAUUGGACUCUGGUGACCUAGCGUACUUGUCUAGUGAAGCCCGAAAGAUCUUUCAUACAAUUGAGAAAGAACUUGGGGUUCCUGGUUUUGGAAAGAUGAUCAUUACUGCUAGUAAUGAUUUAAAUGAAGAAACUUUGGAUGCGCUAAGAAAGCAGGGUCAUGAGGUGGAUUGUUUUGGAAUAGGAACCUAUUUGGUAACUUGCUAUGCACAAGCCGCUUUAGGCUGUGUCUUCAAGCUUGUUGAGAUUAAUAAUCAGCCACGCAUCAAAGUUUCAGAGGAUGUAUCUAAGGUCUCUAUACCAUGCAAAAAAAGAUGUUACAGGUUAUAUGGCAAAGAAGGAUAUUCCCUGGUAGACAUAAUGACAGGGGAAAAUGAACCAUGUCCAAAGGUUGGAGAACGAAUCCUAUGCCGUCACCCUUUUAGUGAAUCCAAAAGAGCAUAUGUGGUACCAAAGCGUGUGGAGGAGCUUCUUAAGUGUUACUGGCCUGGAAAAUCAGGUAAAGUAAGGGAAGAGUUACCAGCUCUGCAGGAUAUUAGGGACCAUUGCAUCAAACAGCUUGAGCAAAUGAGGCCUGAUCACAUCAGGAGAUUAAACCCAACACCAUACAAGGUGAGCGUAAGUGCAAAACUGUAUGAUUUCAUCCAUUUCCUAUGGCUCAAUGAGGCCCCUGUCGGGGAGCUGCAGUGAGAAUCCCAGAUAAAUUGAUAUGAUAUAGCUUACAAAUAGCAGGUACAAAGUAAUGAUUCCAAUGGAGUUGGAGGAGCUUCUUUAACAUAGUCUUCAUACAUCACAUUGUUGUCGUCUUUAUGCUUUAAUAAUCCAUUAUUUUUUGCAAUGCUUGAAUGAAAUGGAACAUUUCCUUUUCCGCUGUCCAGAAUUUUUGGAACCAAGGAUCAUGUGUAAAUCUUGCAUACAAAAGAAAAACAGCUUAGAGCCAUAGAAAUUGUCUUCUACCCAGAACACGAAAUUGAUGGCACUAAUGUAGGAUGCCAAUUUCUAAUGUGAAAUUUUGAUUUUUCUUGGAUUUGGUCAUUGAAA